AUGGCACCAAAAGCGAAUGAAGCGAGACAUAAAUUCUAUUCAGGAGAUACUAGCGGUCCCAAGGAUCAUUCCAGUUCGAGUUCGAGCUACAAAGAUGAUACCCAGAACUUGAGAGGGGCAGACAAGAGUGAUAAGGGGAGUGGGGAGAAUGGAGAUAUGUCCGGGCAAUCAAUGAACAUGGAUGAAUCCAGAGAGCAGGAGGGGGUGGCUUUGAUUGGGGAGGGAGAGGGGGAUGGAAGAGGGUCCGAGCAUUUGAUGAACAUGGAUGAAUCUGGAGAGCAGGAGGGGGAUGGAGGAGGGGAAAAAGUAGUUGGGGUGACGGGACUGGAGAAGAAAGUAACGGGGAAUAGGAAGGAGACGUCUUGGAAGCGACGAGCCAGGAGUUUUCGGGAGAGUGCUGCUGGAAGAGGCGGUAGAGGUGGUAGGGGAGGAAAAGGGUGGAACGGGGAGCGAGGGGGCAUUGCUCCAGUUGGGUUUGAAAGGGGAAGGAGAAAGGGUAAGGCGAGCCGUGGAAAUGAGAGUGAGCAGGAUGAGGGCAGAAUGAGUGGCUCGAAAAAACGAAUGGGGAGUUACGGGCUUGAGGUGGACUCAGAAACUCCCCCAUGCAAGAUUCCAUGUCAAACCACAGAUGAUGACUUGGCAACAACGGUGGUGGCCCAAUGA